UGCGUCGCGUAUUGCGUGAAUCGAGAAUGGCGGAGGGGGCGGGGGUGACGUCUAGGUUCGCCUCCUUCUGCUCUGUCCUCUGCUCGAUAAACUCAGUCAGAGAGGGCUCGUCAGGAUGCGAUUCACUGUGCGCCGAGUUGUUUUGGAAGUUGGUCAGGUGAAAGGUGCCAUUGGUGUCGUAAAACUUGUAACCAAGCAUCUCCAGAGCUAUUUCCCUUUUUACAUGCUCAUCGCAAGAAUAGUAGACGAAAGGAGCAAAAGAGGGCCUAUAUUUACAUCGAAUGCAGGCGAAGUCAGUUUAGCCAUGAAAAUCAACGAGAAGAACCUGUACAUCUUCGCAAGAACACCGCCCUUUGACAUGGAAGGCUUCCUCAACAAACGGGGAGAGGUGAACAAAGCCUUUCAGCGACGCUACUUCGUGCUGAAGGGCAACCUGCUGUUCUACUUCGAGUCGGGCAUAGACAAGGAGCCCCUGGGUCUAAUUAUUGUUGAGGGCUGCACCAUUGAGCUGUCCAACGAGGUGGAAAACUAUUGCUUUGAAAUCGCCUUUAAUGGAAACCGUACCUACAUACUAUCCGCCGACAACCAGGAGAGCAUGGAGACGUGGAUGAAAGCGCUCACCUGUGCCGGUUACGAGUACAAGCGCAUAAUCAUGGCCGAGCUAAAGCGAGAGCUACACGAAAUCGAGGACUCGAGAAACAAAAUGCUUGGUAACGCCAUUGAAGGUCCGAAAAGUGCUUUGGAGGGAGCAAAACCCAGGCCUCCGCCCAGGCGAACGAAUCCUUUUAACAGACCCGCCCCUCCUCCUCCCGAAAUUUCCCUUAGGGCCGGGGUUGUUAUGUCGCCCCUUCCCUUUGUCAACGGAAACUUCGGCUCCAGCAACGCUCGCCUGCAGCAGGAGAAGCUGAUGGUCAAACAAGAUGCCAACGGAAAUGGAAGUCCGAGUGGAACGCCCCAGGCGCAACGCCGCCACAUACCCGCUCCUUCUGUCGCCACCAGCGUUUUCUAUCCGGACGCUAGGGAUCCGGGAGCGGCUGGCGUCUUCACAGUAUUAUCGCGCCCCGCCAAUAACAACCACAGCAGCAGGGUCAUUAGCGCUGCUGAGCGACAGCGACGACGGCUUAGAGCGAUGGAGGAUUUCACCCGCAACCAUGAGCACUACCGGCAGGAACUUAUGCCUGAUGUUUCCGCCUAUCGAGAGCGACAGGGACAGCCUCUCAUACAGUUGUAAUGUAGGAGUGGCCUACUUUAACAACAAGCCAAUUUCAUGUAUUAUCCGUUUUGUGCUAAAUCAAAUCAAGUUUUAAUUUAAUUAACUAUGCUUAUUUUAAAUAUUUAUUUUGGUUUUAAUGAACGAAAAUUUAGAUAUCAAAGUCUUAAGCCAUAAGGGGUCAGCUUUAUUUAUAGGUGCAAGAACAGCACGCGACCGAAAAGCGAAAUAUAAUACAAAGUGGCAAUUUUAUUUCAAAAUUCUAGAUUUAAAAAAAAUGUAAGUUCAAUUCCGGGCAAUACCUUGAUUAAAUCACUCAAUUAAUUGAUCAGAGUCUAUUUCACAUGAAAGUAAGUUUGGUUUAUAUUUUUGGAUUUACAUAAUUAUCAAAAGUUAUUAAUAAAUUCAAAACUUUUAAAGGUUGUUUA